GCAGAGAUUCAGGGAAGGCUGGUGUGUGGAGAAGGAAGUCAGCAGAGAGGGGCGUGUGUGAAGCAGCUUUGUUAGAAGAGAGGUCAAAGGCUGACUUUGUCGGAGAAAGAGAGAACAUCUGCAGAUACGAUGCUGUUCCUGCAACUUGUGUUGUUCGCGGUUCUCCUCCCAGGUGGUGACAGUGAAGAUGACUUCCAGGAGACAAUCUCCUUUCAAAUCAUCCUGACCACAUCCUUUUACAACCGUUCCCAGACACAAAAUCAAGGCUCAGCUUGGCUGGACGAGCUGCAGACUCAUGGCUGGGACAGCAAGACUGGCGCUUUCAUUUACCUGCAGCCUUGGUCAAAGGGCAACUUCAGCAACGAGGAGCUGACGGAAGUAGAAAAGUUAUUCUACACAUACUCCAUUAGAUCUCCUUCAGUAUAUCAUAACCAUGUCACUGAAUGGCAGCUUGAAUAUCCCUUCCAGGUACAGCUGGUGUUAGGCUGUGAUUCCCACUUUGGAGAAGCAUCAGUAGGCUUCAUGAGGAUUGCUUAUCAAGGAUCAGAUCUCAUGAGUUUCCAGAACACAUCAUGGUGGCCAUCUCCAGAGGGAGGAAGUAGGGCUCAGCAGGUCUGCACAGUAUUCAAUCAGUACCAUGUUUCCAGUGAAAUAGUACACAAACUCCUCAUUGACUCCUGCCCCCGGUUCCUGUUGGGUCUUCUCAAUGCUGGGAAGGCAUAUCUCCAGCGUCAAGUGAGGCCAGAGGCCUGGCUGUCUGCUGGCCCCAGUCCCGGUCCUGGCCGUCUGCUGCUGGUGUGCCACGUCUCUGGCUUCUACCCCAAGCCCGUGUGGGUGAUGUGGAUGCGGGGUGAGCAGAAGCAGCGGGGCACCCAGCGAGGUGACCUCCUGCCCCAUGCUGAUGGGACGUGGUAUCUUCAGAUGUCCUUGGAUGUGAAAGCCAGGGAGGCAGCUGGCCUGUUGGCCGAGAGACACAGCAGUCUAGGAGGCCAGGACAUGGUCCUCUACUGGGAGCAGCCCCACUCCACGGGCUUGGUCUUCCUGGCGGUGAUAGUGCCCCUGGUGCUUCUGGCAGUUCUGGCGCUGUGGCUCUGGAAGCGCUGGAAAACACACUGGAGAUGUCCAUGCACUGACCUCCGUUCUGGGCGAGAUCCCAGCAUCCCAGGCUCCAGUACUUACCUAAACCCAGCUCAGUAGUAACGUCCUUGCAACUCUCUGUGUGCAAUUUUGUCCUUCAGUUCUGCUUAACGAUCAGUUGUCAAUAUAAGCUCAGUGUAAUUUAGGGCGAUUUGUUGUUCUGACUUGGUUCUCGAACUUAAGUCUCAAAAUUUAACUCAGUGUAAAAUGAAGUCCCAGCACUCCAUGGGUCACAGGCAUCAGAAGUCACUUCCUCUGGUGAGUCCUCCCUGAUUCACAAGUAGAAGUAGUGUCUGCCUGGUGAGAAUUUCCACCGUCUUUUCCUGUGCUUUCACAAUUCUAUUCGUGACCCUGAGCUUUUUUUCCCCAGUUAAGACCCGGCAUGGAUAGGAAGUGGGCCAGUUCGGACCCUUUUCCCUUCUAAUUCUUAGGAUUCUUGAGAGCAAAGACCAUGUCUUCUUAAUAUUUGUAUACUUUGCCAGGGGUCUCACCGACAUGGAAAAUGCCCUUAAUAAAAAUCUGCAUUGAAUUUAUGCUAAAUA